AUGUCAGCCGAGGUGCGGCUGAGGCGGCUCCAGCAGCUGGUGCUGGACCCCGGCUUCCUGGGGCUGGAGCCCCUGCUCGACCUUCUCCUGGGCGUCCACCAGGAGCUGGGGGCCUCCGACCUCGCCCAGGACAAGUAUGUGGCCGACUUCCUGCAGUGGGUGGAGCCCAUCGCGGCGAGGCUUAAGGAGGCCCGGCUGCAGCGGGAGGACUUCGAGAUCCUGAAGGUGAUCGGACGCGGGGCGUUCAGCGAGGUGGCGGUGGUGAAGAUGAAGCAGACGGGCCAGGUGUACGCCAUGAAGAUCAUGAACAAGUGGGACAUGCUGAAGAGAGGCGAGGUGUCGUGCUUCCGCGAGGAGAGGGACGUGCUGGUGAACGGGGACCGGCGCUGGAUCACGCAGCUGCACUUCGCCUUCCAGGACGAGAACUACCUGUACCUGGUGAUGGAGUACUACGUGGGCGGGGACCUGCUGACGCUGCUGAGCAAGUUCGGGGAGCGGAUCCCGGCCGAGAUGGCGCGCUUCUACCUGGCGGAGAUCGUCAUGGCCAUAGACUCGGUGCACCGGCUGGGCUACGUGCACAGGGACAUCAAACCCGACAACAUCCUGCUGGACCGCUGCGGCCACAUCCGCUUGGCCGACUUCGGUUCCUGCCUCAAGCUGCGGGCGGACGGAAUGGUUCGGUCGCUGGUGGCUGUGGGCACCCCCGACUACUUGUCCCCCGAGAUCUUGCAGGCCGUGGGCGGCGGGCCGGGCUCGGGCAGCUACGGGCCCGAGUGUGACUGGUGGGCACUGGGCGUGUUCGCCUACGAGAUGUUCUACGGGCAGACGCCCUUCUACGCCGACUCCACGGCGGAGACCUACGGCAAGAUCGUGCACUACAAGGAGCACCUUUCUCUGCCGCUGGCCGAUGCAGGGGUCCCCGAGGAGGCCCGCGACCUCAUCCAGCGCCUGCUGUGUCCGCCGGAGACGCGGCUGGGCCGGAACGGAGCGGGCGAUUUCCGGAAGCAUCCUUUCUUCUUUGGCCUCGAUUGGGAUGGCCUCCGAGACAGCGUGCCCCCGUUUACCCCGGACUUUGAGGGUGCCACCGACACGUGCAACUUCGAUGUGGUGGAAGACGGGCUCACUGCCAUGGUGAGCGGGGGCGGGGAGACGCUGUCAGACAUGCGUGAAGGCAUGCCGCUGGGGAUCCACCUGCCUUUCGUGGGCUACUCGUACUCCUGCAUGGCCCUCAGGGACGAUGAGGUCCAGGGCCCCGUGCCCAUGGAACUGGAGGCCGAGCCAUUGCCUGAGCCGCCUGUGCAAGUGCCCAGCCUGGAGCCCUCGGCGCCCCCGCCGCAGGCGGAGGCUGAAGUGGCAGCUCCAGUGGCAAUCUCAGCGGAUGUGGCAGAGGCCGCGGUGACCUUGCAGGAGCUGCAGGAGGCCCUGGAGGAGGAGAUGCUUACCCGGGAGAGCCUGAGCAGGGAGCUGGAGGCCAUGCGCACGGCCAACCAGAACUUCGCCAGUCAACUCCGCGAGGCUGAUGCCAGGAACCGAGACCUGGAGGCGCACAUCCAGCAGCUGCAAGAGCGGAUGGAGGGGCUGCAGGCGCAGGGAGCAGCAGCUGUCACGGGGGUCCCCAGUCCCCGGGCCACGGAUCCACCUUCCCAUCUAGAUGGCCCCCCGGCCGUGGCUCUGGGCCAGUGCCCGCUGGUGGGGCCAGGCCCCAUGCACCGCCGCCACCUGCUGCUCCUUGCCAGGGACCCUAGGGCUGGCCUAUCGGAGGCGCGUUCCCUGCUCCUGUUCGCCGCUGCUCUGGCUGGUACCGCCGCCCUGGGCUGCCCUGGGCUGGUGGCCAGCGCCGGCCAUCCCGCCCGGAUCUGGCGCCGCCCGGGAGCCGUCUUCGUCCCCUGA